AUGUUCAGGAGGAACUUCAAGGGUGCGUACCGUGUCCAUGCGAAAAAGGACACUGCUCAUCGAUGUCUCGCUUUGAUUGUUGAUGCCCCUCCCCUCCCUAUCCGUUCUCCUCCCUGCUCGCCCCUCUCUGUCUGCUUGGAAACCGUGUCGGAUGGGAAUCGCUGGAUGCAGCACGGUGCCCCCAACGUCUCCACCUUCCUCAUCAACUACCGAGUCGGUGACAUUGUUGACAUCAAGGCCAACUCCUCCCAACAGAAGGGUAUGCCCCACAAGUUCUACCACGGCAAGACCGGUAUCGUCUACAACGUUACCCCCCGAGCUGUUGGUGUGAUCAUCUACAAGGUCGUCAACGGCCGAUACAUGGAGAAGCGAGUCAACAUCCGUGUUGAGCACAUCAAGCACUCCAAGUGCCGACAGGAGUUCCUUGACCGAGUCGUCUCCAACGCCGCCCUCAAGAAGGAGGCCAAGGCUAAGGGUGAGCACGUCGACCUCAAGCGUCUUCCUGCCCAGCCCCGAGAGGCCCGUGUUGUUUCUAUCAAGAACAACGUCCCCCAGACUCUUGCCGCCAGGCCUUACGAGACUUACAUCUAA